UGAGCGGCGCUGGCAGCAGCCGGUAGCAGCGGAGAGCUCCGCACCGCACGGCACCGGCCCGAUCUCGUGGACGAUAGCACCGCGGGACACAGCGAUCCCGGCCCGUGCUCGGCUGCUGGUGGCGCCGAAGCCCGGCGGACCAUAGCACUGUGGAGGAGAAACUCAGCAAACUUUUCUCAAUGACUCUAUAGCCAACUGAUGUAACAAUGGUACUAAUAUUGGGACGCAGACUGAAUAGAGAGGAUAGUGGGAUACAAGAUUCCCCUGCAACCAAGCGGAAAGUUUUUGAAAUGGACCCAAAGUCGUUGUCAGGCCCUGAGUUUUUUGACUUCUCCUCGGGAUCAUCGCAUGCUGAAAGCAUUCUGCAGAUCUUCAAUGAGUUUCGAGACAGCCGGCUGUUCACAGAUGUCAUUAUUUGUGUGGAGGGCCGGGAGUUUCCCUGCCACCGUGCGGUGCUCUCAGCCUGCAGCAGCUACUUCAGAGCUAUGUUUUGCAACGAUCACCGAGAAAGCAGGGAGAUGCUAGUGGAGAUCAAUGGCAUUUUAGCUGAAGCUAUGGAUUGCUUCUUGCAAUAUGUGUAUACUGGCAAGGUGAGAAUCACUACAGAGAAUGUGCAGUAUCUCUUUGAAACAUCAAGCCUCUUUCAGAUUAGCGUUCUACGUGAUGCCUGUGCCAAGUUCCUGGAAGAACAGCUGGACCCUUGCAAUUGCCUGGGCAUCCAGCGCUUUGCAGACACACAUUCACUCAAGACGCUGUUCACCAAGUGUAGGAAUUUUGCACUGCAGACAUUUGAGGACGUGUCCCAGCAUGAAGAGUUCCUCGAGCUGGGCAAAGAUGAGCUUAUUGAUUACAUUUGCAGCGAUGAACUGGUGAUCACGAAGGAAGAGAUGGUGUUUGAAGCUGUCAUGCGCUGGGUGUACCGGGCGGUUGAUCUGCGAAGACCAGUGUUACAUGAGCUGCUAACACAUGUCAGGCUCCCGUUGUUACACCCCAACUACUUUGUUCAGACUGUGGAAGUGGACCAGCUGAUUCAGAAUUCCCCAGAGUGCUAUCAGCUGCUGCACGAAGCCAGGAGGUACCAUAUCCUUGGGAAUGAGAUGAUGUCUCCCAGGACUAGACCACGCAGAUCAACUGGUUAUUCUGAGGUGAUAGUUGUUGUUGGAGGCUGUGAAAGAGUUGGAGGGUUUAACUUGCCAUACACCGAGUGCUAUGAUCCUGUAACAGGAGAAUGGAAAUCACUGGCCAAACUUCCAGAGUUUACCAAGUCUGAGUAUGCAGUGUGUGCUCUACGGAAUGAUAUCCUUGUUUCAGGUGGAAGAAUCAAUAGUCGGGAUGUAUGGAUUUAUAACUCUCAGCUUAACAUUUGGAUCAGAGUUGCCUCCUUAAAUAAAGGCAGAUGGCGUCAUAAAAUGGCUGUUCUUCUUGGUAAGGUAUAUGUCGUUGGAGGAUACGAUGGGCAAAACCGCCUCAGCAGCGUGGAGUGCUACGAUUCUUUUUCCAAUCGAUGGACAGAGGUGGCUCCCCUUAAAGAAGCUGUGAGCUCUCCAGCAGUCACCAGCUGCGUCGGCAAACUGUUUGUGAUUGGGGGUGGUCCUGAUGACAACACAUGUUCUGACAAGGUUCAGUCUUAUGAUCCUGACACUAAUUCUUGGCUGCUCCGUGCAACUAUCCCUAUCGCAAAAAGAUGCAUUACAGCUGUAUCUUUAAACAAUCUGAUCUAUGUUGCUGGUGGGCUUACCAAGGCAAUAUACUGCUAUGAUCCAGUUGAGGACUACUGGAUGCACGUACAGAAUACGUUCAGCAGACAGGAGAAUUGUGGCAUGUCUGUGUGUAAUGGAAAAAUAUAUAUCCUUGGUGGAAGACGAGAAAACGGUGAAGCCACAGACACUAUUCUUUGCUAUGAUCCUGCAACGGGCAUUAUCACAGGAGUAGCAGCCAUGCCCAGGCCAGUAUCGUAUCACGGCUGUGUGACCAUUCAUAGGUAUAAUGAAAAAGGCUUUAAACUGUAAUUUUUUUUGGAGGAGAACUAAAAAAGAAGAUGAUGGCAUGAAUGAAUCCAGUGGUCUGCUGCAAGACUGAUUUAAAAAUCUGAAAGUGGGAAAAUGCCCUUUCCCUACCUAAGUGUCAUAAAAAAUUGUAUCUUGUGCCUUUUGGGGAAGAAAAAAAAAAAGGGUUAAUUUAAGUUAAACUAGUCUCUAGUCUACGAAUCUAUCUAGUAACCAGACUAUGCUGUACUAGUGAUCAGAUGGUUGUCCUAUGAGUGUUUAGUAAUUAAAUCUUGGAAGCUUUGUAGGGAAAGUGCCUUCACAGGUGCUUGUGCCUGUGUCCUAAGUAGUGAUACCUACAAGGUGUUUCAGGUCCUGCUAAUUGGAAAAGUACAUUGGCAAGUAAAUCUCAAAGAACUAUCUUGGAUAAUUACCUUCAUUUAAGAAAAAAAAAAAAAAACAACUUAUAUAAUUACAAUUCAUAUGCAGUGCAUUCUUACAAGCAGAUUACUUGGCUUAACCAAAUAGAUUUUAUUUCAGAUCAUGCAUGGUUUGGGAUUUAAAGGAAAAGCAAAAAAAAAUACAAAAAAGAGACUAAGCUACAUAGGACAAAUAUUAGAUAAAUGUUUUUCUCUGAAGAAGAACAGCAACAUCUUGGUUGUUUUGUGAGCCAACUGCAGCGAGGACUAUGUACCUUAACGCUAUGGACCUUAUUCAUAGUGUUGUUAAAUGCUUACCAGAAGUGCACGGCUACAUAACAUGGAAAACUAAUGACUACUGGGGUGUAGGUUUGCCUCUGUGAAACAAACUUGGGAUCCCAGUUUUUAAAUUCCUGAAUAGUAUAGAUGAAGUCGGAAAGUUACUGGGUUCACUCCUUGCUCACUGUGAAGCGUCUCUAAACUACUCAAGGAAUAAAGAAGAACGAACUCUGGAUUCUACUGCUUUUCAUAAUGGCGCUAUAAAUGACCUAGUAGUAGAGGCAUAGACUCGGUCUGUUUCAUACAGUGAAUAGAUAGGUAUUCAACAUCUGUCGUUGGCAGAGAUGAUUCAGUUACCUACAAAGUACGUCUUGGUCUUUCUUCAGACAAUCGCUUCAGUGCAAUUCAACUACUGCAAAAGCUGCUUGGCUACAGAUCAGGAGUUCUGGGAAGGUCCUUCAUGUCACUAGAAAAAUAGCUGUGGAGCUGUCCACGUAGCCAUGAGAGGGUAACUCCAACAUAACAUGUUUUGGCUCAUUUUGAAGCCUGCAAAGCACGUGUAUUUCAACCCAGAUUUCCUUAGUAAAGGUAUUUCUUUAAAGUCCUCUUUAUAUUUCUGCACUUGGUCUCAUAUGCAACUGUACAGCUGAGGCACAAGUUCAUGAAAACUGAAAUAGCACUUGAGAGCUGGAAAAUGAAUAGGAUUUUCUAUUCAUCAAUUUCCUAUUAGUCACCAGAAAACUUGGGAACUCCCUUUCAAAGGAUUUCUGAGGACAGCAGCCAGUAGGGAAGUUGGUCAGUGCCGGGGCAGAGAAAAACAUACAGUUUCUGCCGAGGCAAGCUGGCCUGUGUUCUGGUGUCCGUGCUUACUCAGGAGGGUGAAAACAUGCACCAUCUCUGGAACGCUGUUUGUUCCACUGGACUUUCUUCACCAUCUUUGUUUCUUCAUGAGAUGGGAAUUCUGACCCUCAGUGAAGCUAUGCCAAAUUGGGAGUCAUCGUUUUCAGUGCCGUGUUGUCAUGGCUUUUAAAGAGCACUGGGAGCUGCACUUUGUGAUGCAUUAACUUGCAACCUCAGGAAAGGACACAGAUUUCAGUUUCUGGCUGAAUACCAAACACUGCUUUGUAUAUGUAAAGAAUAUUGAUAAAAUACAAAAUUCUGCAUAUCAAUGAUGUAAUUAGGAAAUGAACCCUAUGUACAUUCAUAUUGCCCUAAAAAGGAAGCCAUUUGGUAACCUAAGACAGAACUUAGAUAAAUGGAAUCCUUUUCUAAGUUUCUUGUCUGCUGAGUGAUGUUCAAAAAGGUUAUUUUAGUACCUCUGAAUAAGGUCCACUGAUAGCGAUGGUAAUUGCCCAGUAACUGAUAAAAUAUACUAACACUGUAUAUAACUUGUGCCAUCAUUGUAAAUGAAAAUGUAAAAAAUGAUAGGAGCACUUCAUUAGAGAUGCAAUUUGAAAAAUAUUCUUCCUUCCUUUGACUUCCUUCAUGUUUAUAUUAAGAUUUGUGAUGUUGAUUGUCAUGCUAAACUGUUUCUAAGUGUUCUUGAUUCAGUGUCAUUUAUGUAUAGGUAUCCUCUAGUCCGUUUACAAUACUGCACUACUCUGUAAAUAGUGAAGUACUGCUUUUUAUGGUUUCAAAAAUUCAGUUUAGAGUUGCAUUGUAUUUUCUUAACAAAUUAUGUACCGUUACCUAUUAUUUUUGAAAUUGCAAGUGCUGAAUGAACUAGUAAAUGCAGAAAUGUAGAUGUAGAAGAAGACUUAUGCUUACAGUUCUUGGGAACUGUAUGCAAAGCCAGACUGUUAGGCUUUGAACAGUGCUAGAAUGGCAGUUAUUCAUGUAGUUAUUUCCUUAGAGCAAGCAGACACGUUCUUCUUGCUUUUUGAGUCUGUAAUCUGCACUUACGACCUGCUCUCUUAGAACUGUAUUUUUAGGUGUACUAGAAGAGAACAAUUCAACCAUGUUUCCAGAAGGAUAUGUUAUUUAGGAGGUUGCAUUCCUGAGGCACUUGUUCUCUGAUGCAUUUCACUUAGCUAUAGGUGGAUUCAAAGCUUAAACCUUGUCUCUCACACUGACUGCAGUUUGUGGUUGAGCCAAUUGAUUUUUUUGUUUGUUUUCCUCCUCAGCCAGGGGAGAAAACUUUGAAUGUCUUCCACCAUAAACAAUAGAUAUGCAUCAUAAAUGGUAAUAGGUUCAGCAGCUCCAAAGCAGUGCUGUCAGCAUAACUGUCCAGAGGGAUCGGGUCUUUCCGAAGUCACACCUAGGUGCAAAUAUUAAGAGCUGUCUAAUAUCUUCCUCCAUUAAACAGUUAAUUAUCCAUUACUUAUUUCACUCUUAAAAAGAAAAUAAAUUUUUUCCUUCUGUAUUUUGAUGUCCACUACAUCCUGUUCCAAAGUUCAUGACAUAUGUCCUUCCAGUCUUAGCAAUGUGAUGUAAACUGAAAAGAAAGUUGUUUCUUUUCAUCCUGGCUUUGGGCAAGGUCUGUAUGGAAAAUGUGAGUGUAACUGGUGCCUUUCUGCUUGUAGCUAGCCCGUGUGUCCCGUUGUUCCUCAGCUGUCAAGCAUACAGCACGGCCUGGUAGUCAGUCAGUUUAGCUGUAGGCUCUGUUCUUGUUUGUGCCUAUAUAAGCAUCAUUUGUGGAUUCUCUCCUGUUUGUACCAUUAGACAGCUCCUUUCCCAGUGUGAGCCUGGUACCUUUUGUGAAUUAAGCUCUGUGCUUUCUAGUUUAUAGCACCAUAAGUCCAGAGUUGUACUGAUUUAUUUUUUAAUUGGCACCAGUACAGCUCGCACCAAAGUUUGCUCAUUUCCACUGUGAAGCACAGAUAUGUUUAAUGAAAAUGAUGCUGAUACGGAUCUCUUUUAUAAGUCACUCAAGCUUUUUAAACAGGAUUUGUAACCCUGCAGUGUCAGAGAGGCUGAUGGUGUAGGGACAGGAGGUGCUAACCGUGACAGAGAAGUUGGGCAGGACACUGCUGGCUGCUCCAGCUUCUUCCUUGAGUAGUUGAGUUCCCCUAUGGUAGUGGCUGCAGUUGUGGUCUCCAGUGUCCCUUGGUGCAGGCACAGCAGUGCUUGAAGCUCUCCUUCUUGGGUAGGUGAAGCUGUGAACUCGGCCCUGCAGGGAGAGACCAGAGAGAAGUUCUUGGGCUGAGGGAUGGCAGAAGGAGGAGCAGAAAUGUGCCUUUCACUGGCCUUGCUGAAUACAGGGCAUUCUGCAUGUCCAUGCGGUUUGCAGUUCUGGAUGCUGAAACUCGGUUAAAAAUGUUUCAUGCUUGUCAACUUUCCUAACUUGGAAGGAUGCGUGCUUGGGUGAGGUCUUCUAGCAGCAGCACUCAGGAAGGGUAGAGGUUUGUUUUUCUUACUUGCCUGACAGGGCAAGUGGAGCUUUUAGGCCACCACUGAGGAUGGCAUAAGCCACUUCAAGAGCAUUAGGGCUCAAUCACUGUGAGGUGACAAGAAUGUUUGUCUGAAUGGGGGUCCACCCAUGCAAGAAUGACUGUUUUAUUUGUUCUAACACAUGCUCUGUGCAUGCUCCUAGCUGUCCCCACGUUCUCCAAAUGCACAGCCCUGAGUGAGGUACUGCCCCAAACAGGAAUGGGUCUUUUUUCUGCUCAAGUGACUGUGUGUCUACCUGUGGGUGUGGCGGUUUACAAUGGCACUGUUACAAGUGAUGCACAUAAAAGCCCCUGUGUACAGUGUGCUGAUACUGUAAUUAUGGCUUCCUUUGUACUGAGUUCCAAAGAAAGAGUUUGCUAAUUUUGAAAAUCUCCGUGCCUUGAAUUUGUGUCUAUUUGUCUGUCGUGGAGAAGAGUUUGGAUUGCUCCUCCUGGCCUUGGUCAGGGCCAGCUGCUGCUGUUCUUCUGGGAAAGAGAAAAUCUGCCACCCGUUAGCAAGAAGCACGGCACGACCUUUGUUUGGAGUACGUAGAAGAUGCUUCCGUUACGGCAACGCCAUGGCGGAUGGAACCGAGGGACAGCAGCGUUUUUUUUCUCUGCCGCUCCGCGCAGGGGAGCCCGGGUCAACCCGCGGCGUGCGGGGCUUUCAUGGUUGUGCUGGCGGUUCUGUAAUGUAGCACCGUUGCAAUAACAUUUACCUAUUGCAUUUUAAAUAUAUUUCUUGCAUAAUU